AUGCCUAUCGCAAUCAAGGACUUAGACAAAGUAAAAAUAUGUAUCGAUCGAGGAGGGACGUUCUGCGAUGUGAUCGCAAUGUCUGAAACGAAAGGAAACCACUUGGUCAAGCUACUUUCUGUUGAUCCUUCAAACUACGAGGACGCUCCAAGGGAGGGGGUAAGACGGGUUUUGGAAUGGUUUACGGGAACCCAGAUACCAAGAAGUGAGCCUAUAGGAUUAGAUCCUAUCGAGUAUCUUCGAAUGGGAACUACUGUUGCUACAAACGCCUUAUUAGAGAGGAAAGGAGAGCGUUGUGCACUUUUGAUUACAAAGGGCUUCAAGGAUGGUCUCGAAAUAGGCACACAAACCCGCCCAUUUCUUUUUCAACUGGCGAUCAAAAAGCCUGAUGUGUUGUACUCCAAAGUAGUAGAGAUCGACGAAAGGAUAGCCCUUGACUGGCCAGGCUUAAAAGGUGAUCCUAAGAUAACAGACGUCGGGGAACUUGUGGCUGGACCAAGUGGGGCGCCCAUGCGAGUGUUGAAAUCUAUCGAUGUCCAGGAAGUUCGAGCCGAUCUGCAAGAACUUUACGAGGAAGGGUACAGGUCCAUUGCCAUUGUACUGGUUCAUAGCUACCUGUAUCCAGAUCAUGAGAAACAGGUCGAAGCAUUAGCUAAAGAAGUAGGCUUCCCCCACAUAUCGGUGUCCUCAGAUCUACAACCAAUGAUAAAUCUUGUAUCAAGAGGUUCAAGCGCUACUGCCGAUGCUUAUCUUACUCCCGAAGUGAGACGGUACUUGGAUGGUUUUGCGUCUGGAUUCAAAGGCGGUUUGGAAGAUUCCUCAUGUCGUGUCAGCUUUAUGCAAUCUGACGGAGCACUAUGCGAUUAUCGAGCUUUCUCUGGGCUUAAGGCUAUACUUUCUGGGCCUGCAGGAGGAGUUGUUGGCUAUGCACGAACGUGUUUUGAUGCCUCAGAUGGAUCUCCGGUCGUUGGGUUCGAUAUGGGUGGGACCUCGACCGAUGUUUCUCGUUAUGGUGGCAAAUAUGAGCAUGUGUUCGAGACCACAACUGCUGGUGUGACUAUUCAAACUCCACAACUAGACAUUAACACUGUCGCCGCCGGUGGGGGCUCGAUCCUCACUUACAGAAAUGGACUAUUCGUUGUGGGCCCGGAAUCAGCAGGUGCCCACCCCGGCCCUUCUUGCUAUCGAAAAGGCGGUCCCUUGACCGUGACCGAUGCCAACCUUUUCUUGGGCAGAUUGCAUAUCGACUCUUUCCCGAAAAUCUUUGGUCCUACCGAAGACCAGCCUCUGGACUAUGUUAUCGUCCAGCAGAAAUUCGAAGCACUCACGGAACGCAUCAAUAAGGAGAAUAACAGCUCUCUCACUGCUGCAGAAGUUGCUUGUGGUUUCAUUAAUGUGGCCAAUUCCUCUAUGGCACGGCCCAUUCGAGCCCUCACGGAACAGCGAGGCUUUGCUACUAGCGCUCACAAUCUCGCUUCAUUUGGUGGCGCUGGUGCUCAACAUGCAUGUGCCCUUGCUGCUCUUCUCGGCAUGCACACCGUACUCAUUCAUAAGUAUUCGUCCGUGCUAUCAGCCUACGGUAUGGCUCUAGCGGAUUUGGCGAUCGAUCUCACCGAGCCUUGUCAGGUGAAAUACAGCCAGAACACUCUGCCCAGUCUCCUUGAACGCUUUGACAGAAUUAAGGCUAGAGCUCACGAUCAAUUGGUAGCUCAAGGAGUGCAUGAGAAGGACAUCGUAUACGAGUGUUACCUCAAUAUGAAAUACCACGGCUCCGAUACCAAGCUUAUGAUCGUUCAACCUAAGGAUGGAGAUUAUUCUAGUGCAUUCAUCGCUCAACAUAAACGGGAAUUUGCAUUUGUUCUCGAUGCACCGAUAGAAGUAGAAGAUAUAAGAGUAAGGGGUAUAGGACUUGGUGAGGAUGCGGAUAAACAUGCUGUAUCAACAUACGUCGAGGAACUCAACAGUCUUGCCUACAUUCCUGUGGGCAAAAACGCACAUUUUGCUACCAACAACGUAUAUUUCGAGGAGGUGGGUAAAUUCGCUCCGGUCCCCCUUUAUAAGCUGGACACCCUUCAACAAGGCACCACAAUCAAAGGUCCUGCUAUCAUCCUCGAUGCGACCCAAACCAUCUUGAUUCACCCUCAAAAUACCGCUCGGAUCCUCAAGGAACACGUAUAUAUCGAUGUUGGGCUGGGUCCCAAGAAGAAAUUAUCAACCGACAUUGUAGAUCCUAUUCAGCUUUCCAUUUUUGGUCAUAGGUUUAUGGGAAUAGCUGAACAAAUGGGUCGAGCGCUCCAGAAAACUGCAGUGUCCUUACAAAUUAAAGAGCGUCUUGACUUUUCAUGUGCCAUUUUUGGUCCAGACGGGGCCUUGGUAGCCAACGCACCGAAUGUUCCUGUUCAUUUGGGUAGUAUGCAGUACGCUGUCACCUUCCAGGCUGAAUUGCACAAAGGAGCGCUCCGCCCAGGAGAUAUACUAGUGUCCAACCAUCCCAAAGCAGGAGGCACACACCUUCCCGACAUCACUGUCAUACAGCCCGUGUUUGAGAACGGAGAAAUUGUCUUCUGGGUCGCUAGUAGGGGUCAUCACUCUGAUAUCGGGGGAUUGCUUGGGAACUCCAUGCAUCCCGAUUCGACCGAGAAUUGGCAAGAAGGCGCAGCCAUUAUUUCCUGUUUCUUAGUGAGAGAUGGCGUGUUCAACGAGGUGGAGAUUGUGGACAUAUUCAUGCAAACGGGGAAAAUAGAUCCGACAGUAAAGGCGACUCGAGGUUUAGACAAAAAUCUUUCAGAUCUGAAGGCCCAGUGUGCAGCUUGCGCUGUUGGGUCAACUCAGAUUCAUACCCUUUUCGAAGAGUACGGGAAACAAGUAGUGCAGCAUUACAUGGCGGCCAUCCGUUCUAAUGCAGAGCUGGCCGUAAGAGACUUCUUCAAAGGCCGAGCUGGGGAGCCUCUCAUCGCAGAGGAUUAUAUGGAUGACGGUACGAUCAUCAAGCUCAGAAUAGAUAUCGAUCCUGAACAAGGCUCAGCACGGUUCGACUUCACCGGUACCAGCUGCGAGUCGUUGACCAACCUCAAUGCACCUGUGGCUGUAACACAAUCGGCCCUCAUAUACAGUCUACGAACUUUGAUCGGAACAGACAUGCCCCUGAACUCAGGUGUCCUUGCUCCGGUCGAACUAAUUGUACCCCCAGAUACUAUCUUAUCUCCCUCAUUAGACGCCGCUGUCUCCAGUGGCAAUACAGAGACAAGUCAACGGGUCGUGGACACUGUCUUCAAGGCAUUCGAGGCAUGUGCUGCUUCUCAAGGCUGUAUGAACACUUUCCACAGCGAUUACCUUGAUAUGAGUUAUGGCGAGACUAUUUGUGGAGGUGCAGGAGCCGGUCCGACCUGGGUGGGCCAAUCUGCAGUUCACGUCAAUAUGACUAACACUCGUAUCGGAGACGUUGAAGUGGCAGAGAAGCGAUUCCCUUUGCUUGUACGGGAGUUCUCCAUUCGAAGAGGGUCAGGAGGUAAAGGGAUGAACAGCGGAGGUGACGGUGUACAUCGGGAAUAUGAAUUACGCGCUGAUAUGCAGUCAUCGAUUGUGGGAGAAAGACGAGUAAACCAACCGUACGGAAUGCAUGGAGGAUUGCCUGGAGAGAGAGGUGCCACAUAUUUGGUCAGAAAGAGUGUCAAUGGUCCUGGUUUCAGAAAAGUCAAGUUAAGACCAAGCGCUUUCACAAAGAUCUCGGCAGGAGAUCGCAUGAUUGUUCAUACACCUGGUGGAGGAGGCUAUGGAGCUCUAGCAGACGAGGAAGGGAACUCACGUCCAGCAAAACGAGCUAAGGUGAACGUCGUUCCUGCCGCAAUGAUUCAACAUCCGAAGCUGGUUUCGAGAGCGAAUGGAAGUUUAGCAGAUUAUGCUGCUACUCAAGAAAGUUGUGAUUAA